AUUAUUCUGGCUGGAAGUACCGGUUAAAACUUCUACAACAAAGUGAAUACGUGGACCGCAGCACUGAGCCCGGGCCGACACACCACCGCACAUAAAUAACAUAACGGCACAAACAUGCCUAUGAGCGAACAUUUGGUUUUGGGGUAACCUUUAUUAGUGAGUGGGGUAAUGACGGCGGUUGUCAUGGAGAUGUGAACGGGACAUUAGCCCUGCGGGUCGUCUUUGUGUCUCCCGCAUCAGUCUGUCGCUGACACCAUGUCGGAGGGAGAAAGGCGGCCGACGGAGGCGGUUUUCACUCAGCUACAACAGGAAAAUAUUUUUAUCGACACAGGUUCCUCUGGGCCUGAUGAUAUUUUCGAGGACGACUGCUACUCCCCGUCCUCCCUCUCCUCGUCCUCGUCCUCCUCCGUCCCCACUGUGGCCUCCCUGCAGGGCAAAUCCCUGUGCACCUCCUGCGGCCUGGAGAUAGUGGACCGAUACCUGCUCAAGGUGAACAACUUGUGCUGGCAUGUGCGCUGCCUCUCGUGCAGUGUGUGUAACACAUCACUAGGCCGGCACGUGAGCUGCUACAUUAAGGAUAAACAAGUGUUCUGCAAACUCGACUACUUCAGGAGAUAUGGGACCCGCUGUGCUCGCUGUGGCCGUAACAUCCAUUCCAGUGACUGGGUGCGCCGGGCCCGAGGCAGCACCUUCCACCUGGCCUGUUUCUCCUGCACCUCCUGUAAGCGCCAGCUGUCCACUGGGGAGGAAUGUGGACUCCUAGAGAACAGGGUCUUCUGCCGGCCACACUAUGACAUCAUGAUGGAGAAUAUCAAGCGUGCUAAGGAAAAUGAGGAACCAAAAGUGGAGGAAGAGGUGGGAGACAAAGAUGAAUCCAGCACCAUGCCCAGACCUGCUAAGAGGGCCAGGACCAGCUUCACUGUUGACCAACUACAGGUGAUGCAGACUCAGUUUGCUAAAGAUAAUAACCCAGACGCUCAGACCCUGCAGAAACUGGCAGAGAGGACUGGUCUCAGCCGCAGGGUUAUUCAGGUUUGGUUUCAGAACUGUCGAGCUCGUCAAAAGAAAUACAUCAGCCCAAAUCCUGCUUCCUCAGCCAUGAUGACAUCACUUGCUUCUGGUCAGCUGACACCACCUUUGAUGGAGGAUCUGCAAUACACAACCUAUAUUUCCCCAGACGCACCCCUCCUCACUACACUGACUUAUAUGGAUGUCCAAACUCCAGACCCACUUUUGCUGCAGCCGCUCAUUUCACAUUCAAUGACACAACUGCCAGUCAGCCAUGCCUGAUCUACAGCCCGCCUCCCGAAAAACAGAAGACAAUGAUAAAUGGGAAGUUAGGGAGUAACUCAUUAACGCUUUAAUGAAAAGAAACCUGUGAUGAUUGGUUGACUUCAAUUCAGAAAAUGUCUUGCAAAAUGAAGUGAAGGCACUUGUCGAAUCAACUUGUUGAAUCAGUAACUUAAUUUCAUUCAAUCAGAGAUUCCCAGAUGAGAAUGUCAAGUAAAAUAUGGGUAUAUGUGAGAUGAAACUUUUGUUAAUAUGUAUGUGUUAUGAAUUUCUUUGCAUUUAAUUUAUUUGAGAAUAUGAUGAGACAAGGCACUUUGUUGGAAAAUGAUGAAAGCAUAAGCGUAUAGAUUUGGUUUUCAGUUAGAUUUUAGAGUUUAUUUAAGGAUGUGUUUGAGGAUAAUAGAGAUGUCAGUUUGGGCACUUCAAAAGAAAUAAUAACAUGAUUUAGCUUCUGUAAAGACUACUUUAGAAAAUUCAGGAUUCAGGACCGUAAAUGAAUUCUCUGUUCAUUGCAGUGUUAUACAAACACCUAAUUUGGACUGUUCUCCACCUGCCGUGCCCAACCCUGUUGUUCUCAAAACAUCCACAUGUUUAAUUUUGGAUAAAAGACUUAAGAUGCUUUUCAGUAGGGCACAUGUUAAGCACAGACAAAAAGCAAUACAAUGAGUAAAUGUUUCCUUAGAUUGUGAAUGUUAGAUGACCGUUGAAGCCAUGUAUGAACUGAACACUGGGAAUAGAUGGACUUUCACAUUAGAUGUUAAAGAUACUGGAAAUUAAAGUUCAUGGCUGCACUACAA